GUGCACGUUAGUAGGCGCCAUAUUGGUAAGGAAGAGUGAAAAAAGCGUCAAAUAUUUGAUUGUUGUGGAAAGUUAAUGGUGGUCAAUUGGACGGUGAAGCUUUGGAAGAAAAAAUAUACGAACUACACUGCUUUAAUUUAUUUCCCCUCCCCUUGUACAUAAGGCACGCACAGCCCCUUCAAAGAUGUCGUCUGAAACAGGAGGGACGGCAGUAUCGAGUGCCGCCGGGAUAAGUCGGGUGGAGUCUUCUUCCACCGUCCGAGAAGACAACACCAAUAAUACUUCAGUUGACAGCACCGGACCCCAUGCCGACACUCAAAAACAACCUCAGGGUAAAAAUGUUAUAGAACAUCAAGAAGAAGCCAAACUAAAGGCCAAAUAUCCAAAUUUGCAAAUAAAAGGAGGUGGCUCAGCCUUGUUGCAGAAGCGUUUACAGAGAGGUUUUAAGUACUUUGAUUCUGGGGACUAUAACAUGGCAAAAGCCAAACAGAACAACCCGUCAGCUCCUUUACCUGCACUAGAGAAACGCUAUUUUCAAGAUUCCUUUGGAGAGCCUAUUCCCAAACCUCCAAAACCUGAAAACCUCCCUCCAAAAAAACCUCACUGUCAGACAAGCAAACUGGCCAGUGAUACAGCAGCGACAGCUUCUUCUCCUUCUCCUUUAUGAUCAGACAUUUUAUAGUUGCUGGCUUGGGCUGCC